ACAUCGUUCAUUAUGUGGCCUUGCAUGCACGCGCCGACGUGCAUUAUUUGUACAUUACUAAACGGGCAAUAAUCUUAAAAGACACAUUCAUAUUUAUACGUUACGUUCAUUUUCAAGGCUCAGCCCUCAAAAUCUUUGUUGUUAUUUGGUUAACUAGCGGAAAUUUAUCAUGGAAAUUUGUUCGAUUUUUCACAAUACAAGAUCCCUAAAAUCCACCCCGGUUCUCUUUCUGCAAACGUGUUAUCUCCUUGGAACGAUCAAAGCCAUUGGUGUCUGUUUACCAGACAUGGAACGGAAUUUAAAAAUGAAUCCAACCAGCGCUGGUCUAUCACUUGGUAUAUUCGAUGCCUUUGCAUUUGGCCCCGGCCCAGCUGUGACGUACCUAUAUCAGCGACUCCAUGGGACCAAACGAAGAUAUCUUGUGGUGGCAGGUGCAUUGUUCGCAACGGGAGGACUCCUUCUCGUAUCAACAGUUAAUAAUGCUUUUCAGUUAGCUCUCUGCCUUUCGGCUGCCGGUCUAGGUUCCAACAUCCUGUCAAUUUCUAUGGUAAUAAACCUGAGCAACCAGUCUGGCGAUGACUUUGGAAUCUUCUACGGCAUUGGUACAUCAGGAUAUGCCUUCGGCAUGGCCCUUGUGCCACUGCUGGCUGAUUACCUGAGGGACAUCUAUGGUUGGAGGGGUUCCUUGAUGAUCAUUGGAGGUAUCAUGGUGCAUCUGAUACCACUGACCUUGAUAGUGGACUUCAAGGAAGUGAACGACGGAAUGAUUGAUCAUGAAAUCCCACAUAGCCAUGAUCGGAGGACGGACGAGCUCUUGGAUACAAACGGCGAAGAAGCGACGUGUGGAGAUUCGAGAUAUCAGACAGCAUCGCGUCGUCAAUUGGAUAGGGAGCCAGCAAACAACGUUUGUAACAACGUUCGGCCAAUAAGUGAUAAAAGUCGAGAUGGAAGCACGAGCUACAAGCAGGAAGACAUCAACGAAGAGGCACACGAGGAAACAUCUAUGAUGCUGGAAUCCACUUCUGUACAGCAGAUUAUUUCAAUAGGUGAUAAGUCGGGGGCCGGUCUCCACGUCAUUGGUCGAAUAGAUUGUUCCAAAUUGUACGUUGCCGGAUGCCAAAUCUUUACCGACUCUAUUUACAAUCAGGAUCGUUGGAUGAUCCUUCUAAUGCUAGUUGCCAUGGUGUACGCCAUAAUGAACGGUGGCUGGUACUCCUUUCUCAUCCCACGCGCGGUGGCACUAGGUAUUCCUACCUCAAAGGCAUUGUGUAUAGCUUACUCGGCGGCCACCGCAGCCUUUAUAGGACGCUGCUUCAGCGGAUUACUUUUGACAAAUAAACGAUUAUCAGGGCAAUUCUUGUUUCUUUUCCUGACUUUUCUCAACAUAACGUCACUUCUUGUGGAUAUCUGUGUCCCUAGUUUUGCGAUAAAGAUCGUGACUUCUUUUACAACGUCACUCACGAUUGCCGAGAGGAACAUUCUGGUAUUGUUCAUUUGCAAGGAUCGGGCUCCCCACUCCCAGUUUCCGGUCAUACUUGCUUCUUAUGAGAUUGUGUAUGGGGUAGGAACUUUCCUCGGAUCUUACUUAUGUGGUUACGUGGCAGACGUGACGGGGUCCUUCAACUCUUCAUUUAUGUUCAUCGCGGCGGUCGAUGCGAUUGUAUUUUUCCUCAUGAUCCCUCCCAUAAUUGGAGAGCAGUGUAACCGAAAUUAGAUAUGUGAUCAAUUGUAUUUUGUCAAACAUUCCUGGUGGGUGUUUCAUAAAGCUGUUCGCAAGAUACGACUGACUUUACGCGCGAUUGGUGACGCCUUCUUGUGCUAAAUGAUACAUCCCUAUGCCAUUCGUUUAUGACCUAAGAACAUGUUCCAGUCGUUCGUAAUUAAAGUUGUGCCCAACUCUAUGAGCAGCUUUAUGAAACACCCACCUGGGGCCGUUUGAAAAGUUGUUCGUAAGUAAAGAGCGACUUUAAAACGGCUGGUGAACCUUUCUUACACUAUAAAUAAUGACCAAUGAACAAUGGUGAACCAUGAGAAAGGAUCACAUGUCGUUCUUAAAGUCGCUCUUAACUUACCAACUACUUCAAACAUCGACCUGUAUUAAAAGGGGCGAAGACAGGGUAUCUGUCCCCCCCCCCCCCUUAAAAAGUUGCUCGUCUAUCCUAAAUUGAAAUAAAUGUUAAUGAUGUAUGUAUAAGCAAAAUCUGGGGAGCGUUUCAUGAAGGUACUUUGUCCGACAAGUUCUGUUUUAUCCGACAAUGACCAUAGUAACAGUACCUCUCAACCAAUCAGAAUCAAGGAAAGAUGUCAGAUCUAACAACUUGUCGGACAAAAAUGUUGAUUAAACGCUCCCCUGAAGUCUAUUUUAACUCUAGGGAGAGUCUGUUCUGGGCUACCUGUGCUAAAAUUAUGGGAAGGCGAAAAAUGUCAAAGGUUUGCUUAUAUUAAAAGUUUGUUGUUGUUUACAUGCUCUUCCCCCAUGUUUUAAUGGUGGAUCAUAAAAUUUUUCUAGUCAUUAUUAUAUUAUUUUAUGGAUUGCCAGUUUAUUUAAUUCAAUUUAAUUUCAUUUCAGUUACAUUUCAUUUAUUCUUAGUUCCUACAAUAUAUUAUCAUCUGCAAAUGUCACACAAGGCCUACAUUUUUUCAAAGUGAAUAUUGUUCUGCAUGGGGAAUAAAUAGCAUAAACAGACAUUCUAUCAACUAUUUGAUCACAAAUUCAUUAUUGUACAUAUAUCAAAAUUAACCAUAACUCUGUUUUUACAUCCAUUAUUAUGUAGAACAUCGUCUCGAUCAAAUAAAAACAAACAGCGGAUUGAUGCUUUCUAUAUUCAUUUUAUACAUGAAUUCUAAAUUAAAAAGAUUUAAAUGAUUUACGUGGAGCGCUGUGUCUGGUACAAGUUCUGACUCUCACCGCUGAAACAGAGGUUCAUGCGUUUGUUUCCCAGCCAUGGCGUUAUUUCCUUCAGCAAGAGAUUUACCCACAUUGUGCUGCACUCAACCCACGUGAGGUGAUUGGGAAAGCGCCAUUAGCAGCUGGGGCUAUUGUCGCCAUCGAAUAGCAACUAGAUAAUCGCGGCCUCAUAAUUGUAUUAUUACUAAUAAUGAUUAUCAAGUCUUUAUGAACAUCCUUGAGAGUUGUUAAGUUUCUUUUGGGGACCCACCCCCAUGUAUUAACCAUCCUUCAGAUCAAAACGUGUGAAUCGAAUCAUUAACUUUUUUAAACAUUCAAUUCUUUGUUCGACACUCGACGUGCCGAAAAGUGAUACUUGUGACAAUAAAUUGAAUAUUCAUAAGUUUAAAACAAUGGAUGGGAUGACAUAAAAGACACUUACCAACCGAGGGAUAACCCGGUGUUUCAGGAUCCCCAUUAGCAUACAUACAGGUACCCCUCUGCACCCCAGUGCCCGGUAGAAAGUACCCAUCGGGGUACGUUUGGCCCCCUGGUAUUGCAUAAUCCUUUGGAUCGGAAUACAGAAUCAGCCCCACAACGCCGGCUUGAACAGCAAAUUUAGCCUGGUAAGAGUUAGAAAUCACUUUUGUUAAUUCACCUCGGGGGGGGGGGUUAUUUUCUUAGCAUUGUAUAUAGUCUUACUAGGAAUGUUCGGUGAGCGCAUAAAAUACAGAAACAGUAGGCCUUCAUCAAGAGAAAAUAUAAAUAAUAUUUUACGAAGACUAAUGAAAGAUAUUGUGAAAAGGUGGUUCAUGUCAUUACUGUAAUUGUAGUCCUAAUAUCAUGAUAUCGUCAUAAUCAUUAUCAUCAUUAUUAUUAAUAUCAUUAUUACUAUUAUUACUAUUAUCAUCAGCAUAAUCAUCAUGUCAACAUCAUCAUUUAUCUACAAAAUCAUUAUUAUCGUCGUUGUGACGCCUUUGUUCCUUAUAAGCUCGUCAUCGCCACAAUCAAUAUUUCGCAUAUACGUUUCCAUAGCAACGAUCACUAUUUUCUUUUCCAUUUCUCAUAUCUAAAAUGGGGUCUUCCAGAGAGGUC